UGUAGUAACACGUCAUUCUACUGAAGGAGAGGAACACCGGCCGGGAGUUGCACCCUCAGAUUCUUCUCUCUCUUAUUCUGUUUGCCCAUCGGUAUUUACCACCUAAAUGCUGAUGGGAUUUGAUUUAUUACAAUCUAAUAUUUUUUUACCUUCGUCUGGAUUUCCAACCGGAUCUGUAUAAAAGGUAUGGUUCUCCGUCCGAUCUUCCUGCAUUAAAUUGAUGAAAAGUGUCUAGCUAGGCCAUUCUGUUUGUGUUUCCUUGGUUGUUAGUCCAGGAAAAAAGCCCACUAAAAACUGGGUUAGUCCGUUAGCUAUGCUAGCCUAGCUAACAUCUGUAUCGUUCAUUUAGCUUUCAUGAUCUUGUUUUAUAUCAAGUUAACAUGAUGUCGAUGGCAGAUUGACUUUAGAAACACUCCCGGAAUUUGAUAAAAUUCUAACUAACUAACGUUAUCUACCUAAGAUUUCAAUUUUUCUAGCUAACGUCAGCUAGAGCCUGUCGCUAAUUAGCUUGUUAGCUUAUUGCUGCUACUAGCAUUCGCCUCCUUUCAGGAAGGCAUCUCUACCAGGAUCCUAAAAUUUAAUUUGUGAUAUCUGUCUCUAACCAUUUAACUACUACAACAUGCUUGUAGCUAAAUGUUGGCAAAUUGAUCAUCAUUUAAUUCCUAGUAAUGGCCAGUAAUAGCUAAGAUGUGCCUAUAACUAGAAGAGACCGUUUUAGUCUGUCCAUGUAAGCGCCCUGUUGUGUAAUCAAUGGAUCAAUACUACUUCGAGUUAAGGGUCCUGUAGGUCAGCUGUCAAUCACCUGGUAGAGUUGUUUGAUGCAGAAGGUUCCCCUGAAUGAGAGAGUGGAGAUGUGUGUGUGUGUGUGUGUGUGUGUGUGUGUGUGUUCAUUUUUGUUCAUAUCUGGAUUAGAUAUCUGAAGUGAACUAAGAUUUGGAACAGACAGUUCUACCUUGAAAAGUUUGUCAGAAGACCAAUAAGGGGUGGUGGUCUGUUCCAUAACAUUACAUGGAAUUACAUUACAAGGAAACAUCACAUUCCAUAACUAUUGCCCUGUGUUUUGUGCAAUCAUGUGACAUGCCUGGAUUUGAACCUUUAUUUAAAAGUAUGUGGACACCCCUUCAAAUGAGUGGAUUCGGCUAUUUCAGCCACACCCGUUGCUGACAGGUGUAUAAAAUUGAACACACAGCCAUGUAAUCUCCAUAGACAAACAUUGGCAGUAGAAUGGCCUUACUGAAGAGCUCCGUGACUUUCAACGUGGCAUUGUCAUAGGAUGCCACUUUUCCAACAAGUCAGGUCGUCAAAUUUCUGCCCUGCUAGAGCUGUUCCAGUCAACUGUAGGUGCUGUUAUUGUGAAGUGGAAACGUCUAGGAGCAACAACGACUCAGCCUGAAGUGGUAGGCCACACAAGCUCACAGAACGGGACCGCCGAGUGCUGAAGCGCGUAAAAAUUGUCUGUCCUCGAUUGUAACACUCACUACCGAGUUCCAAACUGCCUCUGGACGCAACGUCAGCACAGGAACUGUUAGUCUGGAAGCUUCAUGAAAUGGGUUUUCCUGGCCGAGCAGCCGCACACAAGCCUAAGAUCACCAUGCGCAAUGCCAAGCACUGGACUCUGGAGCAGUGGAAACACGUUCUCUGGAGUGAUGAAUCACGCUUCACCAUCUGGCAGUCCGACGGACGAACCUGGGUUUGGUGGAUGCCAGGAGAACGCUACCUGCUAGUGCCAACUGUAAAGUUUGAUGGAGGAGGAAUAAUGGUCUGGGGAUGUUUUUCAUGGUUUGGGCUAGGCCCCUUACUUCCAGUGAAGUGAAAUCUUAACACUACAGCAUACAAUGACAUUCUAGACGAUUCUGUGCUUCCAACUUUGUGGCAACGGUUUGGGGAAGGCCCUUUCCUGUUUCAGCAUGACAAUGCCCCCGUGCACAAAGCGAAGUCCAUACAGAAAUGGUUGGUUGGGAUCGGUAUGGAAGAACUUGACUGGCCUGCACAGAGCCCUGACCUUAACCCCAUCUAACACCUUUGGGAUGAAUUGUAACACAGACUGCAAGCCAUGCCUAAUUGCCCGACCUCACUAAUGCUCUUGUGGCUGAAUGGAAGUCCUGUGUGGCUCAGUUGGUAGAGCAUGGCACUUGCAACGCCAGGGUUGUGGGUUCGAUUCCCAUGUGGGGACCAGUACGAGUGAAAAUGUAUGCACUCACUACUGUAAGUCACUCUGGAUAAGAGCGUCAGCUAAAUGACUAAAAUGUAAAGUCCCCGCUGAAAUGUUCCAACAUCUAGUGGCAAGCCUUCCCAGAAGAGGUAAGGCUGUUAUAGCAGCAAAGGGGGGACCAACUCCAUAUUAAUGCCAAUGAUUUUGGAAUGAGAUGUUUGACGAGCAGGUGUCCCACAUACUGUUGGUCAUGUAGUGUAUAUUUUCCGUAAGAAAAAAUAUUGUAUAUUCAGCUGUUUGAAGCUUGUGUACAAAACCGAAAGUAAAAGAUGCAAAAAACGAAACUUAAGAACAUGAAGCAUAGAAGUAGCACACAUAGAACAGAUCUACUGCUUCUUAGACUUGCUUUCAAUGGGAAUGACAGAUCUAUAACUAACAUUUCUAUGUGAAUUUGGUAGGGUCACCGAAAAAGCUUUGCAGCUUUUAAUGCUUUUCCAUCAAACUCAAACUCUCCCCUUUUCAUUUUUAUGUCAGAUGUUCCAACACCAUCCUCAGACAAUUGAUUUUUAUUUUUGGUGUAAUUCACAUUUUUGGACAAGGUCAGAUAGAAUCUUGCUCUGUCACAUGAUCGUUCAAAACACAGGGCCCUAUACUUAAGUUAUGUCUUGACUAACAUAUGUUUGGACUUCCAAGGCUAUAGAACUCUAAGACAUCUGGUUACUGCUGUUCAUACCUACUGAAGCAUAUAAGCCCAAGUGUCACUCGUCCCUGAAAUAGUACAUAGUUGAAAUUGGUAGGAUUCAAAAAUAGCUCAGGGAUUCCUAUUCAGCUUAAGUAUUAAAACAUGCCAAACAGGUUUUGAUGACUAACAUCAUCGUCAUUGAUAUUCCACACAGGCCUUACCUUACCUACGUAGGAACUGAUAACAAAGCAGUGAAAAGCGAGAGUAGCUCACACCGAACUCCAGACUCAAACAGCUCUCGGAGAAGCUAAGACAGACUACCUGUCCUUAGCAAGAGCUAGUUUAGCCAUCGAACUAACUUAUCUCCAUAUUUUAUUUAUUUAUUUUUAUUUAACCAGACGAGUUUAUUAAGAAUCUCUCUUCACUUUCUUUCCCAUUGAAGUUGCCAUGGCGACAUACCAGGAGUUUAUCCAACAGAAUGAGGAUCGGGACGGGGUGCGUUUUAGCUGGAACCUGUGGCCCUCGAGCAGGCUGGAGGCUACCCGGCUGGUAGUGCCUGUCUCCUGCCUCUUCACCCCACUCAAGGAGAGGCCAGACCUGCCACCGGUGCAGUACGAACCGGUCCUCUGUAGCAGGGCCAACUGCAAGGCCGUACUAAACCCGCUAUGGUGAGUAUUUGAGUAGUGGAGGUGAAUGUUGUUGUUUAAUGAGUGGUUUUAAUGGUUGCUUGUUGAGUGUUUGCUUUGUUUACGUUUUACAAGCACUUAACUAAAAGCUAACCUAUGUCCAACGACUUAUAUGGCAUCUCUUAGUUUUCAGCUUCAUCAUUUAUUCUUCUGAGUAUUUACAUUUAGGGUAACGGGAAGAGGAGGAGAGGAAAGGAAUGUGUCAUCAAGAGAAUGGGCGUCCAUAGUCAACAACGUUUUUAAUAUCAUUAGGAAUGAUUUGGUGUAGCUAUAUCACUCAGGGACAGGUGUGGUGGAUCAACCCUAACCACACCUAAACAAUCCAAUGUACAUACGCUCUAGAAGCGCUAAAAUCCCUAGGCUAGGCUAGGCUAGGUGGCAGGUUUGUUUGACCGUACGUUAUGUCCUGUAUCUAAGUAGCUCUUUCUUUUCCCCCUUUGUAGCCAAGUUGACUUCAGAGCCAAAAUAUGGGCGUGCAACUUCUGCUUCCAAAGAAACCCAGUGAGUACGCCACAAUGGAAUAAACUGAGCUGUAGGGAUAAUAGGUUAUAUUCCACCAUAGAAUACCAUAGCCAUAUCUGUAGGUAGCCUGCCUACAAUCCUGUGUUAUAAUAGUAAUAUUCCACAAAGGAACACAGCUGAUGGUAAUAGUAAUAUCUUCAAUGUGCCAUCCAGAACAGGCAUAUCUUUAAAGUGGCCCAUCCACAUUCCUUUAUCAGGUGAAGCUGUUAGCUAACCGGUUUUGUCUUCCUGUUCCCUCUUUCACAGUUCCCCCCAUCAUACGCCGGCAUAUCAGACGUUAACCAGCCGGCUGAGCUCAUGCCACAGUUCUCAACCAUUGAGUACAUAGUGCAGGUAAACACAUACAGUACUACAUAGAAAUCACUGUCCUCUGAACUCUGAACUUGGUAAUGUACACAUAGACACUAUGUACUGUACACACGCCUGACUUUGUAGUUGUACGUCUCGACCCGCAAAAUUGCUUCAUCAAAUAUGAAUGUUUCUUUAAUCCUCAAGUUGAGUUACCACAGCCACAAAGAAUGUAUCUUGUAUCAUCACGUGACAUUACCAUCACUUUUAAGUUCAUGAUUGCUUUAGACAUUCUUCGUCUUUGCUGUUGUAUUGUAAUGGUUGUCAAUUUACAAAGUGACAUCGGGUUACAAAAGUCACUUGACCAAAGUGUGUCAUGUGACAUCUUCCAAACAUGGAAGAACUCAAAACACUGCAACAUAGAAAAACCAUAUAAACUAAAAACCAAGCACUUGUUUUUUCUCUGUAAAAUAACCUCUCCAAUCCUGUCUUUGCCACCAAUGUAGCGCGGCCCCCCGACCCCGCUCAUAUUCCUGUACGUGGUGGACACGUGUUUGGAGGAGGAGGACCUGCAGGCCCUGAAGGAGUCCCUGCAGAUGUCCCUGUCCCUGCUGCCCCCCAACGCCCUGGUGGGCCUCAUCACCUUCGGACGCAUGGUGCAGGUCCAUGAGCUGAGCUGCGAGGGCAUUGCAAAGAGCUAUGUGUUCAGAGGAACCAAGGAGCUUUCCUCCAAACAGAUCCAGGUUAGUUAGUCAGUAACUGCUACAUAUGGGAAGGCAAGUAGUCUUGAAAAUGUAUUCAUUAGUUUUGGGAAAAGGUCUGGAUUAGUUGUACUAAGAUGACUGCAGGCUACAUUUAUGACGACAACCGUGGGCCACAUUACAUCUUUCAUGGACCGCAUUUGGCCCGAGGGCCGUAUGUUUGAGACCCCUGAUCUAGGUCAUAGUCUGCUUUGUCCAUAGAAAUGCAAUAGGGUCUUUGUUGUGGUUGUUUGUCAUACGAUCAUGUCUAGGUGUCCUUGUAUCAAUGGGAAAUGAAAUGACAAUGAAACCGUAGAAUGGGACAGGAUAUAUGUCAAAGACAGCCAGGUGUCACCAGAUAGAAUAAGAAGAUAUUAUUGACUCUGUUUGGGAUGGUUCUGAAUGACAUAGAAUGGGUCUAUGCCACUACAGGGGUAGUGUUUCAUACAAAAAAAAAGGCCUAUACAGUCGACAGUGGACAGUGAAAACUCCCUUAGGCUGUCAUGUAAUAUUCCAAAUCAUUGUCAGGCACUCAGAAAUAGAGUCUUGUAUAGAAUAUUGUGUACAGUCAAAGAGUGUUAGGCCUAUAUAGAAUACAGUCAAGAGACAGUGGCCAGAACAAGAGAACUCUCUUAGGCUGCUAUGCAAUAUUCCACAAUUCCAUUGUGGAAAGUCCUUGAGAGCUCAUAGCUAUCUUUCUCUCUUUCAGGAGAUGCUAGGCCUGACCAAUCCAGCAGCAUCAGGGCCUCAGGGUCGUCCCGUGGCCCCUCAGGAUCCAGCCGCCACCUGUAGGUUCCUGCAGCCGGUCCAUAAGGUAGACAUGAACCUGACAGACCUGUUGGGAGAGCUGCAGAGAGACCCCUGGCCUGUACCACAGGGGAAGAGACCACUGCGGUCUACUGGGAUAGCACUGUCCAUCGCUGUGGGCCUGCUGGAGGUAAUAACACUUACACACACACACACUCACUCUUACAGAAAAACACACACACACACAGUCCUAUGUACACAUUUUGUGCGGUAUACAAAUAACCUGUUUCUAUGUACUCAGCAUACACGUACACAACUGACCUUCAAGACUGAACUGAACCUUACCCUCUCUGACAUGUCACAGGUUUCAACUAACCUUUCAUACACUUUCUCUCUCUCUCACACACACUGACAUUAUCUCUUCACUUAUGUCUGCCAAUAGUACCACUCCUGCUUCCUUAGGUCAAAGGUCAGCUUCUUUCUUUUUGCCUUAUUGCUCUCUCCCUCUCCGCUAUCCUCUCUUCCUCUCUCUAGUAUUCUACUGUAACGUACUGUACAUACGUGUUAGAACAGCUAUGUUCCCUACUGUCCUGUCCUCCGGUGCUGAUAUCUACUGAUAAUAUAAUGAUUAGAGAAAAGACUUGGGCCCGGUUUCCUAAAAGCAUCUUAAGGCUAAGUUAAUCGAUUUGAUGGUUCUAAUGAUGAACUUAGCCUUACGAUGCUUUUGGGAAACUGGGCCCUGGUCUGUAUGGUAACAUAAUUGGAUUGAGUUUCUUGAAGGAAUACCGGUAGUUUGGUGAAUCCUUACCGUGACUGAGGGAGCAUUUGCAUACAAUUUCACAAUCAAAUCACUUAGGCUAAAACACAGUAGCAUGCUAUGUCACUGUAAUGGGGAUAUUUAAGAUGAAUAAAGCUCAUAUUCAGUUAAGAGUAAUUAACACAAUACUUAGCAUGUGUUUUCCAUUAUGUAAUACAAAUGAUUUCCAGUGUUCUAUUUGGGACAGUCAUUGAUGGUCACUAGACUUGAUAGUGAAUGUUCUGGAUUGUUCUCAUAUCUGUUGAUGGUGAUGCCAGACUGGAGGUACAAGGACACAGGACACUGAUUGUUAAGUUCUGUGAUUCUGUAGCAGCUGAUGUUGUGACUUCCUACAAGCCUCUCGGUGGGUGUUGACAGAACAGUGGUGCUGUGAGAUUAGAAUGGAAGGGGGCUGCUUAGAGAAGGCCAGUUAGACAUUUCCUCUGCUUCUGUGCUGGAGGUGUCUCCCUGUUGCAACUUGUAAAACCGAAGUGAUUUAGAUUGCUGUUAUCAACGAUUGCGAUCCUUUUUGUUCAGCUGGAAAUUCCUGCUACAGUCAGUUAUAGCACACUACAGUUAAAUCAGACUACAAUAGCCUAAUGGCAGCUUCUGUGUUGGCAGUCAUAUCUCAAUCAGAAAUACCAUAUUUAUGGUUUAAUUAAUACAAUUAUAUAAAUAAAGUCUUACUUAAAAGACAUUGAAUAUCAUACUGACCAUAGCCACCAUCUGUCCACCCCCAGGGUACGUUCCCCAACACAGGGGCCCGUGUGAUGAUGUUCACGGGCGGACCCCCCACCCAGGGCCCCGGUAUGGUGGUGGGAGACGAACUCAAGAUCCCCAUCCGCUCCUGGCAUGACAUCACCAAGGACAACGCACGCCAUCUGAAGAAAGCCACCAAGGUCAGUACAAGAAUAAUAGAAUGAAUAGCAUAGAAUACAAUAGACACUGUGAAAAAGCCAACUUGUAUGUGGGUUGGUUAUAUGUUGUAAAAGUAGUCGUUUUGUAGCUGUUUGUCCUGAGUGGGAUAGUUUUAAAGCUGGAAUCCUUAAUGGUGAAACUGCCACGUUUGUUUAGGAUAUUACAACAACAAUGAAGUUACUGGAAACAGCCAACACGGCUUUUUCUCCUUGGACAUCAUUGCACGCGCCAUUGAAGAGCACAGUAUGUGGUGCUAUUCACAGGAGGCUGGUGGCACCUUCAUUGGGGAGGACCGGCUUGUGGUAAUGACUGGAGCAGAAUAAGUGGAAUGGUAUGAAAUACAUCAAACACAUGGUUUCCAUUUGCUCCGUUCCAGCCAUUAUUAUGAGCCGUCCUCCCCUCAGCAGCCUCCACUGGUGCAAUUUUCUUUACCAUGCUGCGCGAAGCUCCUUAGCUCGGCAACAAAAACAAUAACGGUGCUGGGCCGGCUAGUGGCGCUGUUUCCCACUGCUGCGGAUUCCAUCCUUAAGAGUACGCUAGUUUUUAGAGCUAAGAUAGAUGAAACAACUUUAAGCGAUUUUAUCUUAAUAUAGUUUAGCUUAAUUAUUUUCUUUCACUCAUGUCAAGCUCUCACGAUGUGUCAGAUAUUUCGCUCAAGUUUGCGCUCUCUUCUCUCUUCAUACCUCUUCUGUUGAGGUAUGUUCAUGGACACCAAUGCUCCAAAGGGUUCUCAAGGUGUUACACAGCACUGUUUGUAUAUGUUGCAAACUGUUCCCUUGGUUGUGUUAUUCAGUACUACGAAGCUUUGGCGAACCGUGCGGCAGUGAACGGCCACAGUAUUGACAUCUACGCCUGUGCCCUGGAUCAGACCGGGCUGCUGGAGAUGAAAUGUUUAUCCAACCUCACUGGGUUAGUACCAGUCUACACAUGUCAUUCAUAUAUAUAUAUAUAUAUAUGCUGCAUUUACACAGGCAGCCCAAUUCUAAUGAAUUGGUCUUUUGACCAAUCACGUCAAAUCUUUUCACAUCAGAUCUUUUUCAGAUCUGAUUGGUCAAAAGACCAGUUAGUGAAAAAAAUAUCAGAAUUGGGCUGCCUGUCUAAACGCAGCCAUAGUCCCUUAGCGUGUCAUAAUGACAUAUCUACUACGGUCCUUUCCUUAGUCUACUAUACAUCCCCAUCUACCUACAACUGACCUAUAUCCUGUCUUCACCUGAUAUUCAUUGUUGUGCUGAUUACCUCAUGUCCCUGGUGAUUGACAGCUGUCUACUGAAUAUUUUAUUAUAUCUGAAUAAAGUUAUUUAUCUUUGUACAAUUCCUCUACAUUCCAUAGAAUGAUUUUUCCAGAGACUUCAUCCUCACUAGCUCAAAUUGAAGUUUUGUUUGUAUUUAUAUUAGAUUUACCGUAUCUACUGUAAAAAAAAAAGUCUGCUUUGCUUUUUGAUUUAUUCCGCUUUACUUUUGGAAUUAUGCAGCUAAAUAUUCAUGUUUUUUUCCUGGUUUCCCUCCUCUCAGAGGUCACAUAGCGAUGGGCGACUCCUUCAACACCUCUUUGUUCAAGCAGACCUUCCAGAGGGUCUUCAGUAAGGACUACAACGGAGAGUUCCGCAUGGCCUUCGGCGGCACGCUGGAAGUCAAGACGUCCAGGGAGCUGAAGGUAUCAGGGGCCAUCGGGCCCUGUGUCUCCCUCAACGCUAAGGGACCUUGUAUAUCAGAGAACGUGAGUCUUUCAGGCCCAUACAGAAUCCAAAUAGGGUUACAAAAUUCCAGAAACUGUCCCUAAAUUCCCAGGUUUUCCAGAAUUUCAGGAACGUUUGCGGAAUUUUGAAACCCGUUAUUCGAAUAGCUUUUUUCCCCUCUGGAAGUGAAUUGGGAAGAAGUUUUCAAUUGACUUCAAUGGCCCUUUGUCUCUGUUACAGGAGGUGGGGGUUGGAGGAACAACCCAGUGGAAAAUCUGCAGUCUCAGUCCCUCCACUACGUUGGCCAUGUACUUCGAGGUCGUCAAUCAGGUAAACACACUCCCUUUGAUCAAAUACAUCUAAUUUGUUCCUUGUUUUAUUCUUACUCAAAGUAGUCAUUGAUUUGGGUCGACCAUAUCAAUGUAAUGUGACAAUUCAUUAUUCUCAACUCAGUGAUUACUUAGGACAUGGUUUUUAGUAUUCAAACAGGAUGUUUAGCCAUAUUAAAUGUACUCCUAUCCUAACUAUUGUAGUUAUGUUCUCUGUGUAGCACAACGCCCCAAUCCCUCAGGGUGGUAGAGGAGCGAUCCAGUUUGUCACCCAGUACCAACACUCCAACACCCAGAAGAGGAUCAGGGUCACCACCGUCGCCAGGAAGUAAGUCUUCUCUCGCUUUGAAACAGUAAACAGGAAGUGGGUUUGCAGAACUGCUACAUCUUUCUUGACGAAAGUGUGACUGAACUGACAGCCCUUACGUAUAUGCAAGAGUCUGCGUUUUGUACACGUUGCAUUUCUCACAUUGUCCUUAAGCAGUGAGUUACCACAAAGUCAAUAUUGGCUGUACAAAGGAGGAUGUCGACAUUCGCCCUAUCCUGUUAAAUGACUGGAAGUGUAUGUGUAGCCUACAUUUGUGCUGACACACAGGUGCGUCAGUCUUGCCCUUCCCCUAACCUGCUCUCUCCCUCUUUCUCCCUCCACCCAGUUGGGCCGACGCCCAGUCCCAAAUCCAGCACAUCGAGUCGUCCUUCGACCAGGAGGCGUCUGCAGUCAUCAUGGCCAGGCUGGGCGUGUUCAGGGCCGAGUCGGAAGAGGGGCCGGACGUCCUGCGCUGGCUGGACAGACAGCUCAUUCGCCUGGUGAGUGACAGCUAGGCUGACCAAUGUGUGACAGGCUUUGUCUGUUAUGUCAUUGGGCAUCGGUCCCACCUUGGCUAUUUCAAGAGAGUAGCUUGUUGUUCUUCACAUAGCUGAAUGUACGUAGGAGUUGGUGGUGAUUGUGGAUAGAAGAAUCCUUUGUAUUCUUGUGUCUCUUUGUUCUUAUUCAUGGGAGAAGAAUGUAGAAUGGAGUCGUCUGGAAUGUGUAGCAGGAUGACAUCAAUACUAAUUUAUUGACAGCUUAUAUCCCUCUAUGACGUUUCGGAAGUUGUUAUAUAACUAAACUAAUAUAAUAUAACACUACUUAACUUAAGUCUUAAGGUAUGUAUUAAUGCCUUAGUUCAAGACGAUAACAUUUGUCUUGUCUCCUUGGUUACAGUGUCAGAAAUUCGGUCAGUUCAACAAAGAUGACCCCACCUCCUUCAAGCUCUCGGAGUCCCUCUCACUCUACCCACAGGUAAGACUGACACUUAGUGGUACAUUCUGGAACUACAUGAGCUAUUCAAUAAAAGACUGACACCAGGUGGUACACUCUGGAAUUACACGAGCUAUUCAAUAAAAUCCCUUCAAUACAAAUCCUUUUAAUAGAGUAGCACUGGAAUAGAUUUAACUAGCUUGUCGAGAUCUGAAUCCUUAAUUGAUUAUAUACAUGCUUACCUAUAACUUUAGCAAAAAAACAAGAUAUUUAUGUCAAAUGGUAUAUAUGUACAUGAAAAACUAGUCAAGGGCUGUAUCCCCUAACACCACCCAGCACAGAAGCAGAGAAAAAUGUCUAAUUGGACCUUCUCUGAGAAGGCCCUUAUAUGCUAAUCAGCAGACAACUUUCAACACCAGCCAGAGGCCAGAGGCUUGUAUGACGUUGAAACAAAAGGCAGUGUUACCGUGUAGCUCAGUUGGUAGAGAAUGGCGUUUGCAACGCCAGGGUUGUGGGUUCGUUUCCCACUAAAUAUUCCCAUUACACAGAUACUCAUAACUUUCACUUAGCUUAGUUGACGUCAAUGGGAUAUGUACAUGAACAUUUGAUGAUGCUAGAAGCAAUAUCCCAAAUAUCUACAAAUAUUUUUGGGGAUCUCAAAAAAAGCAUAUUUGAUUGUAAUCAUUAUAAUAACUCCUCCCUCCUCCCUCUAGUUUAUGUUCCACCUGCGGCGGUCGCCGUUCCUGCAGGUGUUCAACAACAGUCCAGAUGAAUGCUCCUACUACAGACACCAUUUUGUCCGCCAGGACCUGACGCAGUCUCUCAUUAUGAUCCAACCAAUCCUUUAUUCCUACUCUUUCCACGGACCACCAGAGGUCAGACUCCUCCCAAAUAAUAUGGACAGACACACUAAAUCAAAUAAAUGUAUUGGUCACAUACACGUGUUUAGCAGAUGUUAUUGUAGGUGUAGCGAAAUGCUUGUGCUUCUAGCUCCGACAGUGCAGUAAUAUCUAACAAUUUCACAACAUAUACCCAAUACACACAAAUCUAAGUAAGGAAUGGAUUAAGAAUAUAUACAUGUAUGGACGAGCGAUGUCAGACCAGCAUGGACUAAGAUACAGUAGAAUAUUAUAGAAGUAGUAUCAUGACACACACUGUUUCUAUAUACUAUAUUUCUAUGUACUAGCUGGCGCCCUGUUUCUAGCUCCUAGCCAACUCUGCAGUAUUUCUUGGGGUGUUAUUUCUUAUUGAUAUUUCUUUCUUUUCAUUUUUGGGAUUUGUGUGAAUUGUUCAGUAUUACUGCACUGUUGGAGCUGGAAACAUAAGCAUUUCGCUGCACCUGUGAUAUCUGCAAAAUAUGUGUACGCGACCAAUCAAUUAUUUAGAUAUUGAAUUGAAUUCUAAUCAAUAGUUUGGUCAAUUAUUCACAUGCUCAAUGUGUUACACACUACCUUUCUCUGUAAAAAUUAGAUGUGAGACUUAUCAUGUUGUGUCCCGUCUGUCUGUUCUACAGCCUGUUCUCCUGGACAGUGGCAGUAUUCUCCCAGACCGGAUCCUCCUCAUGGACACCUUCUUCCAGCUGGUCAUCUACCAUGGAGAGGUGAGCGGUCACACAGGACAACAACAGCGCUAGUGGUCUAAUGCUAGUUAUUAGUAGCUGGAACACCACUACUGUGCUGUAAUAAUAACAAUUAUUCAUGGUUUCCUAGCAUCACAAACUAAACAUCAUAUAGAGCAUAAACAACAAUGUAAAUCACUAACAAUAUUACAACUAGAAACAACACGUGUGUAUGUACCUACAUGACGUGAUGGGUUUGAAGAAAUGGGAUACAUAUUUCUAGAUGUGUUAUGUUAAUUCAUUCACAAUGUCUUAUCAUUUUCUAUUCUCAACAUAUAUUAUAGAUUUUUCUCACAAACAACAAAAAAUAGAUUAGCCGACAAACAGAGCUGGCACGACUAACACCAGCACACAACAUCCUACCAUGACCUUAACCCCGUUGUAUCUCCAUCUCUCCACCAGACCAUCGCCCAGUGGCGAAAGGCAGGUUACCAGGAGCAGCCGGAGUACGAGAACUUCAAACAUCUACUGGUAGCACCCCUGGAUGACGCCCAGGAGAUCCUGCAGACCCGCUUCCCCAUGCCCCGGUACAUCGACACAGAGCACGGAGGGUCCCAGGCCCGCUUCCUCCUGUCCAAGGUCAACCCCUCCCAGACACACAACAACCUCUACGCCUGGGGACAGGUAAUAGAACAUUUCAUUCAUUCAUUAAAUCUUCAAACUGUAAACUGAGAACCAGUUUUUAUGCACAAUAACAGCUGUGACAAACUGGACUUGAUUUGGAAAUAGGUGAUGUCAAGGCUGGAGUUUCAUCAUGGGGAAUCAAUUGUAUUUAUUUUUAAGGAAUUCUAGUCUUAGAAGUGGUAGAGCUUCAUGGAACAUCUGUCUCUGUUCUACUGGCCAUUUUGGAUCUGAUCCAACGGCAGAAAGCUUUACUCUAGUAUUUCACCAUACUCAUCGCGUUUCUAUCUCUUCUCAUUCUCUAGGAGACCGGAGCCCCCAUCCUCACAGACGACGUCAGUCUACAGGUCUUCAUGGACCACUUGAAGAAGCUGGCCGUGUCGAGCGCCGCUUAAAUUCCCCAGCCAGGGACCAAAGUGAUAGCCUCGUAACCAGACGGAUAUGCCCACUGUUCUGUUUCACUUCACGAUACGUCUGGUUUACGAGGCUACCAAAGUGAAGAUCGCGAAAGGAGAGACGGAUGAGAAAGAGAGACAUUCCUGUAUUAAUAUAGGGACCUAGUAACAUUUCCAUUCCCCACAUAUGGCGUAUGAUGGUUUAAAAUCCUUUCCGGAAUUUUGCAUCCCUAAUAUUGUGAUUGACAUGAACUUCUCCCCCAUACUGGAAAAGCCAUACUGCACCUCAGUUGUAGCCUGAUCCCAGAUCAGUUUUUCAUGCCUUGACAAUGACCGUAGGAGUUGGCUUAUACAGCACAAACAGAUCUGGGACCAGG